UGUGUGAGAGAGGGACAGACUGAUGAAACCGCGCUCUCGCUGCCGGUGAAGUAUUUUUCCCGCCGGGAGACAAAGUGAGACGGUCACAAUGAACUUGAGAUAAAUUAGAUGAAUGGAUUCGUUUCUCCGUUUACAUCCUUUGACCAUGACAACGGACUGAGUGGGAGUCUGAAAUGGAGAGGAAUAACACUACACAAACUCUGGGAGAAUGUGAGCACACACUGGAAACCAGUGCAGUGCUGGACAACUGCACAGACGCAGGCUCUGGAAACCUGUCUUUACGUUGCUGGUUGCAUUUGUUGACAAAGGAGUCUAGUUCAACACUUCAAGGUGAUGGGUCUAGUUUGGCUGUGCGUGUGAUGAUCGCCCUCAUUUAUUCAGUGGUUUGCGCUCUGGGACUUGUAGGCAACUCUCUUGCGCUCUACCUGCUACAUUCCCGCUACCGGCAUAAGCAGUCUUCCAUCAAUUGUUUUGUGAUGGGUUUGGCUCUAACAGACCUGCAGUUUGUCCUGACCCUACCGUUCUGGGCUGUAGACACCGCGCUGGACUUCCGCUGGCCCUUUGGCAAAGUUAUGUGCAAAAUCAUCAGCUCUGUCACCACUAUGAACAUGUACGCCAGUGUGUUUUUCCUGACUGCCAUGAGCGUGGCAAGGUACUACUCCAUCGUGUCCUCAUUGAAGAUGCACAGUCGCAGAGCAGCGGCAGCUGCGGCCAAGUGGAUCAGCCUGGGCAUUUGGGUCGUAUCCCUAAUAGCGACGCUCCCACAUGCCAUUUAUUCCACAAUUGCACAGGUCGCAACAGACGAGGAACUAUGUUUAGUACGCUUCCCUGAAACAGGAAGCUGGGACCCGCAGUUGUUACUAGGACUGUACCAGUUGCAAAAAGUCCUACUUGGUUUCCUGAUCCCACUAGUGGUGAUAACCGUAUGCUAUCUUCUACUUUUAAGAAUCGUGUUAAGUCGCAGGAUAAGUGGUGUGGCUGGCUCUGAAAGUGAGCAGGGCCGACACAAGCGUCGCUCGAAAGUGACCAAAUCUGUUGUUGUCGUCGUCCUGUCCUUCUUCUUGUGUUGGCUGCCCAAUCAGGCCCUAACUCUGUGGGGCGUCCUCAUUAAGUUCGACCUCGUGCCCUUCAGCAAGGCAUUCUACAAUGCGCAGGCAUACGCUUUCCCGCUGACUGUGUGUUUGGCCCACACAAACAGCUGCCUCAACCCGGUGCUUUACUGUUUGAUCCGUCGCGAAUUUCGUGCCGGACUUAAAGAACUCUUGCUGAGGGCCACACCGUCCUACCGAAGCCUUGCUCGGCUGCUCCCGCGUAAAGCCAAGGUGGCCGAGGCGCCUCCUGUGCUGGUUCUUGUGCAGAUGGAUGUUUGAUUCUUCACUUUGUUUUUUUGAUUGACAGGACGAAUCAGGCGUGAGGAGAGUCCUUUGGGAGCUGCCCCACUUUCCCUUCCUCAUGUUCUUGAGCACUUUUUGCGCAUUUGUCUUUCUCUCCCAAUUUCCUUCAUACCUUUUGACGCGCAGCUGUUUUCACUUGCACCUCCGGUCAUCAAGAGCCACUGAGGGAUUCAGGACCCAUUCACCUUUGUUUGCUUUGCUGCAGGAUUUUUUCAAACCAUGAAACAUGCUUGAAGGGGGAGUUAAAUUAUCUAUAUGUGUUUUUCAGGCUUUGAGAGAAAAAAAAGACAAAAAAGAAAGCUGGUGAGAUAUUGAUGGACUCAGCUCUGUUCUUAUUUAAUGAGAUAUAAAAGUUUAAUAUGUGAAGGGGAUUGCUGGUUAAUCAAUCAAUCAUUUAAUACAUUGUCAAUUAUGAAUUUACUUGAAGUCGUGUACACUUUUUUCUAAAUUUGUCUUUCAGUGUAUUUAAGUCUUAUGUUGUACAAAAGAAGAUAAAACGAAUAAAUUAUCAAACUAUGUAGCUAACUAACAACAUCAUAAAUUUGUGAAUGAACAAUCGAACUGUGCAACUGAUCAUUUUUUUCCCUUUUCAACUGGAUGUUGUCCAAAGAAUUAAAUUGAUCUCAAACUAUAUUUUGUUAUAAAUUCACAG